AUGUUGAUUUUGCUGCUCGAUACGACGUUGACAGCCUCCUCACAACUGCAAUGGAUGAGGAAGCCAACCAACUCGGUAACAAUACGCCAGAGUGCUGGAGGCUUGUGUGCCAAUCACUUGGCUGGCUCAUUUGUGGAGCAUGCCGAAGACUGUCGGUUAUUUUAUCUGUGCAUGGAGCGUGGUGAUGCUGUGCUGGCCUCCUGCCCGUCAACGAUGCUGUUCAACGCGGACAAUAAAAUUUGCGAUGCGCCAGAGAAUGUGAGAUGCACGAAUAGCAGCAGCAACACUGGUAGUGGCAGCACUAGCAAUCCGCCGCCCAGUGCCAGCGACAAUGACUUAAACAACAUGGUCACGGAUGCCGCCACUUAUUGUGCCACGUUAACGCCUCAGCCGGAAAACGAUCGCAUUGUUUAUAUAGGCAGCUCGACCAGCUGUAAUAAUUACUACAUUUGUUAUUAUGGACAGGCCAUUCCGCAGACAUGCAGCGCGGAGUUGCACUGGAAUGCAGUGACGGCCAAAUGCGAUUUGCCGGAGAGAGCACAAUGCACACUGGAAACUCCGCCAAAUACGCCGCCAGCGGAUAGUACAAAUAUUUCCAAUGAACUAAUCCACUGCCCACCCCAUGGACAGCAUUUGUAUCCACAUAUGCGGCGCUGUGAGUUCUUCAUUUAUUGCGUUAAGGGCUACGCCACCUUGCAACAGUGCCCCUUUUAUUACUAUUUCGAUGUUGUUACCAAAAGCUGUCAAUGGUCUCGUACGGCAAUCUGUGCGAGGGAUUUAAAUUUCGCGCGUCAUUAGUAAUAAGUUUGUCUAUCGACUUCGAUUGUUUGUUAAAUUCCCAU